GGCGUUUCUACACUGCCAUCCUUUGCCACUUACGCUUCUGUAUCCUCCCGCAUUAUUGUUCUCAGGCACUCCUCACCUCUGAGUACCACCCAUUUCUCUCGACCUCUCUCUCUUCGGCGGCUCAGACUUGUCAUCGUCACCACCAACUCCAUCGUCUCUUCUACCUCGCCUCCCACCCGUCUCUACUCCCUCUUCUACCGACCUACCUCUCACUCAUUCCUCCAUACACUCUCAACAACAACGCUUUCCGUUGUCUUAAUACUCAUAUUCUCCGCCAGUCGUUCGCUUUUUCGAUAUACGAAGCUUGAUACACACUCUCGCUCUCAUGCGGUAAUCGAUCGAUCUCGACUUAAACUCACCACUUCGACCUCGCGAGCGCAAUGCGCUUUUUCAGAGACUUGCUGGCCACCGCCGCAUCAUGUCUCUUACUCACAGUGGCUGUUGAUGCCAAUUCAAGAGCCCGCAAUCCCUUAAACUAUUUGUCAUUAAUCCAAAAUCCGAGGAUUCACACCCCUUCUCAGCGAGUACAUGCCAAUUCUCACUUUGACAUCACUUUUGAUCUCCACAACAACGCUCAACAUGUUCGCCUCAGUCUGGAACCCAAUCAUGACAUUAUUCAUGAGGACUCGUACAUCGAGUUCCUCGACAAAGAUGGAAACGUGAAACAUGCAGAGAAGAUGAACAGAGAUGAUCACAAAGUCUUUCAGGGCCGUUCAUAUCUGGUAGAUGAAGACGGGGUUUCGGAGCAUACUGGGUGGGCACGUAUUGUGGUCAGGAGAGAUGGCGUUCACCCUCUGUUCGAAGGCGCCUUUUCGGUUCUGGGAAAUCAUCACCACGUCCAGCUCAAAUCUUCUUACAUGGCCACCAAACACUACCUGGACCCCAACGUUGAGGACGACGAGGACGAAUACAUGGUUAUCUGGCGUGACACCGACAUCGGCCAACAAUCCCCCAUGCACACCGAAUUGAAGCGUGACGGCAUCUCGUCCUCUGCUUGUGGUUCCGAUAAACUGUCCUUCAAUACCAACCCUGAACAUCCCAUUUUCCGCGAGUUGUUACUCAGACGGGAUGAGGGAUCGUGGGGCACCAUGGCCGUGGGCAAUCUAUUUGGCAAGCGUCAGAGCAUCGAUGGCGGUGGCGCUGGAAACGGCAACUCCGCUGGUGUCAACCUCCGAAACAGUAUUGGGAGUACCGCCGGCUGCCCCAGCACUCGCAGAGUCGCCCUGGUCGGCGCCGCCACCGAUUGUGCCUAUACCGCCAGUUUCAACUCUACCGAUAGCGUCCGGCAAAACAUCAUCAGUACUGUCAAUACUGCAUCGGAAUUGUAUCAAUCGACCUUCAACAUCACUCUUGGCUUGAGAAACCUGACUGUCUCAGAUUCUGAAUGCCCCGGGACCGCCAGCACCCAGACGCCUUGGAACGUUGGGUGCAACUCCAACACCGACAUCACCCAAAGAUUGAACCUCUUCUCCGCCUGGAGAGGCCAGCGUGGCGAUACCAAUGCCUAUUGGACCCUCUUCACAACAUGCAAUACCGGUGCCGAAGUUGGUCUCGCCUGGCUGGGCCAACUUUGCAACCACGGUGCGACAAGUCAACAAGACGGUGGCGGUAAUUCACAGAGCGUCACCGGGGCCAAUGUUGUUGCCAAGACGUCGACUGAGUGGCAGGUCUUCGCUCACGAAACCGGUCAUACCUUUGGUGCGGUUCAUGACUGUGACCAGUCUGCUUGUCGUGACACCAACGUGGUCAACUCGGGCCAAUGUUGUCCGUUCUCCUCGACCGCCUGCGACGCCAACGCUCAAUUCAUGAUGAACCCCUUUGCGGCAUCUGGGAUCACCAACUUUUCUCCAUGCUCGGUGGGCAACAUCUGCAGUGCCUUGGGCCGAAAUUCAGUCAACUCGGGGUGCCUGACCGAUAACAAAGGCGUUGUUACCAUCAGUGGCAACCAGUGCGGCAAUGGCAUUGUGGAAGAAGGCGAAGAUUGUGACUGUGGUGGUACAGAAGGAUGUGGAGGUAAUGGAUGCUGUAAUGCUGAGACAUGCCGCUUCAACGAGGGCGCCUUCUGUGACCCAAGCAAUGAAGGCUGCUGUACGUCGCAGUGUCAAUUCGCAGGCUCUGGAACGGUGUGCCGAGAGAGCACGGGAGUUUGUGACCCCGCAGAGACUUGUUCGGGUACCAAUGGUACUUGUCCUUCUGACACCACCGCCCCGGAUGGCGAAGACUGUGGCCAAGGGCUACGAUGCGCCAGUGGGCAAUGCACGAGCCGAGAUCUCCAAUGCAAGACCCUGAUGGGCAGCUACACCUCGGACAACGACACAUAUGCCUGCAACAGCCAAACCUGUAGCUUGAGCUGCGCAAGCCCCGACUUUGGGCGCAAUGUGUGCUACUCGAUGCAACAGAACUUCCUAGACGGAACACCGUGCGGUGGGGGUGGUCAUUGCGAAAACGGAGUGUGCCGUGGCAGUUCGGUAGGAGGAGAAGUGAGCUCAUGGAUCCAGGACAACAAGACCUUGGUGAUCGCGUUGGCCAGCGCGUUGGGAGGCCUGCUCCUCCUCGGCAUCCUGGGGUGCUGUAUUCGACGAUGCAGAAGGCCCAAACAGAAGAAGCUGGCAGCAUACCCCAAUCGAAGGGGAGCCCCAGGCAACGCUGGGAAUCACCGAGGCUGGGAUGGCCCAUCGAUUCCUCCUCACAUGCAAAAUGGAGGAUAUGGAGGUUCGUAUGCGCCGCCAAUGCAGAACUCGCCGACAUGGUACCCUCCUCCACAGCAGCCUCCGCCGUCGUAUGGGGCUUGGAGCAAUCCUGGAAACGGUCGUGUGCAGAGCGUGCGAUAUGCAUAAGAAGGUUGAAUCUUGACAGCAUCUGGAUAUAAAAUGGAAAAGGCAAAGACGCAGGAUGGAUAUAUGGCUACAUCAUUGUGAACUGCACUUGUGUGCAGGCGCGAGCAGGAUGAGAUGAACGGUUGCAUGUAUUGAACUACCGUGAUCGGGGUUGGACAUGACUGCUGGACCGCUUUAAAGGUCCCGAUACGAAACCAUUGCAUAUUGAUAUGGCGUCAAGAGAAGGGAUUACCCGUACAUUAGGGUACAUUGGGUAUCAUUUUGACAAAUAUUAUUGAGUUUUGAAGCCUUGAAGUGGUUGCU